AUGCGUUACAUUCUCCUCCUCGUCAUUGUCAGCAUCGCUGCUUACUUCAGUGAAGCGGGUCGACUCGGCUGUCCUCCAUCUUCGGAGACGAAGAAUAUGGCAACCUAUUCUUGGAGGCAAGCCUACUGGACUGUCCGACGUGAGUCGAAGGAGUACAACCGUGGUGAUGUUUACCUCAACGUGGCCGAUGCCUCCAACGUGGGCAAGAUUAUCCACCCUGAGAGACUGGCCGAGCUCAUCGCCAACUUCCGCAAGGUCAGCGGAAACUCUGCAAGGUUCUAUCUUUUCUAUGCUCAAGGUGGUGGCGACGAUAAGAAAUGGGCCCCCGAUUUCGUUCGUGUCUUUAAGGAGUUCAUCCUCAAGUACGGCAACCCUGAUAUGGGUAGUCUCGGUAUCAGCUUCCAAGUCAAGCUUGAUCUUGCUACGUGGUACAAGAUAUUUGAUGCUUUCGAUGCGCUCAAGACUGACCCACAGUUCAAGCCCUACAACAUAGCCCUUGAUGUUACGAUGAACUAUUACAACACUGACAGGAGACUGGUGGACCAGAUUAUGUUCAGGGCUGAUCACGUUACUCUGCUUACCUUCGCCAACACCUCCCCGCGACUUAUCAACUUUUUCGUAGUCUUCCUGACCAAAAUUUGUCCCAACUGUAACAAUAACUACUAUCCCAAUUACAAGGCUAAGAUCACUUUUUUGGCCGAAGGUGAUUGCAACUCGGGAGCCUGUAGUAAGACGUCGAUGUGUGCUUAUUACGGUGAUCGCCUUGACAACCCCAAUGGAGGUAUCCUCUACGCUUACAAAUUGUAA